UACAGUUCAUUUAUAUUCAUCCACUACAUCUCAGUUCGUUUACCGUCAUUACUUGAUGAUAUGGCCUUGACAAAAUGUCGAAGAACGAUCGUUCUAAGGCAUUUAUAUCUCCUUCUCCAGUACCUAGAAAAAACUGCUGAUUUUUGGUUUUCUCCAAACGUGUCUACGUCAGAAGUUCCUCAUAGCUCAGCCAUUUCUGGAGCUGUUUGUCUAAAAUCUUCCUUUUUCGAUGGCUCAACGUCUGAUAACCCUCCAAAUAUUUGUGCGAUGACUACCGAUUGGACUAGUGCAGUGCCUUCUUCAUUGUCGAUUAGACGUAGUCAACGUCUUAGGCCAGCACUUUUGGAUGCUUCUGAUAUCAAGAUUGAUUUUAAUGUUUUGCUCUCAUUUUACCUACUACCUGACUUUAUCGCUACCUUCGUCUCCGUUUUUGGCACCAAUACAUUUUCAGCUUGCCUCAGUCCAACAAAAGAGGUUUUAGUGCCAGCACCUCCACCAUCUACCACCUCUGAUGACACAGAUCCACAGACUGAUCUUGUUCAAUCAAACCUUCUCGAAGUGAGAUCUUCACGGCAGAAACUUGUACCUUUAUCUCCGGGGUCUCGACCUGUUUCAUCUCAAAUAUCUCACGACAUAUCCUCUCGUUCCGCCCCCAUGUCGUCGGCUUCUAUGCUGCCUCAAUCUGAUUUCUCUGUCCGCGAGCGCGGUGGCAGCCAUCUACGUACCUUUGAUUUAGCAGCUGGUGGAGAUGGUGCUGGCGUCCGAGCUGGCCAUCGUGGUUUAACAACUCCCGGCAUUAGUAUCGGUAGCAGCAGCACUCAGAUUACUCUGUACGGUGACCGUAGGCCUCGUAGUCCACCACUGUUACACAAUGACUCUGCGGUGCCGCCUUCACCUCGAGCCUGGGAUCAGUCUCGGUCUGCCACGGCCUCAGCCCAUCAUAACAUUCCAAGGCUAAAAGUUACUCCAGGCCAGCUUGAUUAUACUCCCAUGGCAACUAUCAAUAUUUCUUCCGCUACCACGGAUUCAGCUGCUGCGGUCACUAAAGAACCCAUAAUCGAAACGAACUCUCAUACCCCGAUCACCCGAAAAAUUCAACUUACUUCGACUCCAGAGCAAUCCGAAGGAUAUUCCGAAAGCCACCGAAGUUUAUCACGUGGUACUAAGCCCGUUUUGUCACUUGCCUCCGGUUCAGGCGAUCUGGAGGCCGCCUCAGCCGCAAAACGCUUAAAAUUAUCCUGUUCUCCACCUCAAUCUCUAUCUGCUGUAGAUGAAGGACUCGUAAAUUUUUGUCUCAAUUUAUCCAAACUGGAGGAAACUCCUACAGGUAGUGAUGGUGGCUCGGGUAUCGUUCUGCGCUCUAGGACAACGUGUCCUUUAAGGUCAAACCAAGCACAUUCUCAGGUGCCAGGGCUUUCGCUGGACGCAAUCCACUCCGUAAGAUCUACGGAACAGUCAAGACAGGCGAGUGGAAUUAAGUUGGAGCCCAUGCGCUGGCAAGCACCUCGAGCAGCUGGCUCUUCCAUCAGCAGAUCGUUAGGCCGUAGGUUGGUCUCUGUUCGUGAUCAUGCCAAGUGUCUUUCAGACCCAGUUGUGAGGCUCUCAGCUGCUCCUGGCGUCUUCUUGCGUUCGGCAGUUCGGGAGACACAGUCACCCAUUUCAAGAAUUAAAUCGGAUAUUGACGCGAAUGUGCUUUCAUCACAUACUUCAUCUCUUGGUUCUCGAUCUAGCUGGCAAACACGCCUGCGCAACCGAACUCCUACGGCCCUUGGCUUCUAG